AACUUCCUGAUAUGCUGUGACCACGUCGGUCAUGGCUUUACAAGCUUAACGGACUGUGAUACGUGCUUGAUCUAUGGUGGAAAUGUACGGCCAACCGCAACUCAUACCUGGUGUCGUACGUAAAGCGUCCGCUGCUUUGCCAACUAACGCUUCCUACCACGUAAACAACGCCAAAGCACCCAUAGCUCCCCAGCACCAUGACUUCAUUCCCGGUUCUAUAAAGCCAGCAGCCCCCAACGUAUCUUUCCACCAAAAGCCAAUUACUUUCGUGCCUGUCUCUAGUGCAGAUACAACUGCCGUUACUGCUGACCACCUGACCAGUCGGGCGGUAGAUGAAAUUCUCCGUGAAACGCGACUAGGAAAGUUGCGUGCUGAUGAGUAUGGUUCCACUGCUUGGCGUCCUUGUCCUUUACGGAAAACGAACAAACGAUUUCUCAACCGCACACUGCUAUCGAUGGUGAAUCACAAUAAUCGUGUAAAGCAGAAAACUUCACAUCGUUCCCGGCUUAAACUGACCGAACUGGUGCGGAAAGGAAAUGAGGACGGACAACGCGAACAGACUAGCUCUUCGAAGGCUAAGACGAGUAAAGAUACAGACAAAUCAUUGACAGUAAUCAAUUUGAUCGAAGAUAGCGAUUGA